AUCUCCUUUAUUAUUGUAGUGUAGAGUGGAUGGUGAGCAAAUGUUUGUCCCAUGUAGGAAGCUAUGUCUCAGGAUGCGUCUCCUCUAGUCAGAAUACCUUUAUAUAUCUUUAUGUUUCUCAUCCUCUAGUUUAUUUUACCAGCUAGUCCCUAUUUUGUCUCUUCAUGUCAAGGCUUGUCAUCAGUACUUUUUACUUUUUUUUAAUGGUAAAACUAUGUUCUUCAGUCUGUCUCCAUGACUCUGUACAAGGAGAUACUCAUGUAGUGUCCCCCCCAGUUGUACAACAUACUUCCAGCAUAUUUAGACGAAGUACAACAUGGGCACCUCAACGACCACUCAGGGUGACCCCUUGGUUCCUACCAGGGGAGAGCGCUCUGCUUACACCAUCACAGAACACACAACUACAGUCAGCCAUCAAGGAAGUAACCAAGACCAUCUCCAACAUGCUAUCAGUACACAGCUCUGAAGAGCCACUACUUCUGAAUCGUGAUAUGAAUAAAUAUUGUCGCUCUGUCUGGGGAGACCCUUCACUACUUAAUUAUAAGAGGUGUGGGUCUCGAGACAUCUCUUACUUCGGAGAACGUUGUCUAGAUGUUGUGAUCCCAGAUGCUCAUCUACAUGGAUAUGAAGUGUGGCCAAUGAAUGGGACAGAACCUGAUCAUGUGACACCAGAUGGCACGGGUGUUCCUAAUACAGACUUCUUGUUAUACGUAAGGGUAGCACAGACAGAGAAAUGUGCUUCACAGCCCUCAGUUGUUGCCUAUGCCUCCUACUGUCAGCUGGACCACUCGGGUCGUCCUACAGCUGGGGUUAUUGUAUUCUGCCCAAAGCGCCUUAGAGAUGGAGUACUCCAGCAUCAGCACAUUGUUCAGGUAUGUCUACAUGAGAUACUUCAUGCCCUUGGGUUCUCUAGCAGUCUUUUUGAACACUGGAUAGACUGCAGUUUUUCAGGACAUAUGUGUUCUUCCCGAUCCCGUGUAACAAACACAGAUGAAAAAGGCCAGCUGCGCAUUUACACCCCAAAUGUAAUGCAAAAAAUGGGGGAGCACUUAGGAGUGGAUAGUGUUGGUGCCCCUCUUGAAAACCAGGAACGCCCAACUUCAUCCCACUGGGAAGCAAGAAUCAUGCAAGGAUCCAUCCUAACAGCUUCCCUGAGUCCUCCGCACCUAACAACCCUGGAUCCGAUCACUUUAGCUGCCUUUCAAGAUAUGGGCUGGUAUGGGGUUAAUACGAGUAUGAACAAUCAUCUUGUAUGGGGAAAAGGAGCUGGCGUUUCCUUUGGUCUACCGUCCACGUGUCAAGAAAGAUUACUCGGUUUCUUCUGUAAAGAUGAAGGUGAUAUUGGCUGUCACCAUCUCCAUUUGGACAAAGGUAACUGCUCAACAGAUGCAUUCAUGGAUGGCUGCCACAUUUAUAAGCCCCUGCUGCAUGGGGGGGAGUGUUGGCUACAGCAAGAACGCCAUGGAUCAGAGGAAAUCUACCACCCCCAAAGUCGCUGCUUCUUCUCCAACCUUACCAAGGAAAUGAAGCAUGGAAAGGUCAAAGGACGUUGCUAUCUGCAUCGCUGCAUAGCUCCAAACUAUUUCCAGAUUAAAGUUCAAGGUUCAGAAUGGACAGACUGCCCGGCUGGAAAGUGGAUAGAGGUAGAAGGUUUUGAUGGUGUUCUACUGUGUCCUGAUGGAAGGCUCUGCUUGGGAUUUGAUCAGCCCCCGAUCCCAACCGCUGUAUCUACCAUGACCCCCAUCUACAGCAUAUUCCCACAAAUAACAAGCUCUGAAAUAACAGUGCAGCUAACAAUUGUGCAAAACCUACAAUGGACUACAGAUAAGAAGAAACUUCUAACAGAAGAAGUCCUAGGAGUCAUCGCUCAACAUGCUGGAGUUCAAAGAUGCUUCCUACGAGCUUCCACUCAGAUGGACAGAGAUUUAUCAUUUGUCCUCAUGAUUGGAGAACCUAACAACUGCCGCCCCCAUCCCACUGGCUCUCCACCUCAUUCAAUUCUGAAUCUUACAGAUUAUCCUAUAACAUACGAAUCUCCUCACUUUUCUACCAUCACAAUCAGGUUCCUGUCCCCUGGCUCUCAAAACCGCAUUCUCAGCCACGUUGGUCUAAUCGGUGGUAGCUUUGGAGUCCUCUUUUGCACAAUGCUGCUUCUCGCCAUCUGCUGGUGUAAACACAGGGCAAGAGUCUUGCAAAUAAGAGACAUUUACCAUUCACAGCCCUGAGAUAG